AUGGAUCAAGAGCGUACCAACGAGAUCCCUCUCUUGCCAACAGACGAAAGCUCCAAAACUCUAAAACUGGAGCAAUCUGAAAAUCCCAACAAUGCUACCUUCCCUGAUAGUAAACUGAAUCCAGAGCAGGAAACACCUCUGGUGGAGGAUGAGACCGAGGAUCAGACAAACAGGCCCAAGAACCAUGUCCAGGAUCAGAGUAUCAAGCUAGCUCCGACGCAAUUGGCUCUAGUGUUUGGUGGUUUAUGUUUAACUACAUUGCUGGGAUCGAUGGACAUGACGAUUGUUGCUACAGCUCUGCCAGUAAUCGCAUCGGAUUUACAGGACGUCUCACUGCUCCCAUGGGUCGCAACCGCAUACAUGAUUACCACAACUGGUUUCCAACCUCUAUAUGGCAGAUGCUCAGAUAUCUUUGGAAGAAGGUCGAUGAUUGCCUUUGCGAUUGUAGUCUUUUUACUUUCCACCGUGUGGUGUGCUUUGGCUCCAAACAUGAUUCAAUUGAUUGUGGCUAGAGGAUUUCAGGGCAUUGGGGGUGCGGGACUCUUAGGGAUGUCGCAGGUCGUGCUGGUUGACAUUUUGCCGUUGAGAGAACGUGGAAAAUAUCAAGGAAUCUUGGGAUCUGUUUGGGCUGUUUCGUCGAUUGUUGGACCUUUGCUAGGCGGAGUCCCGAUUGGUGCUUUGGCUUUCUUUAUGGUAGUCAGCUUCUUAAACUUGCCUAGAGUAAAGGGCGACAUGAUGCAAAAGUUUAGGAGAGUUGACUUUAUUGGAAGCUUCUUCUUGCUCUCGUUUUGUCUCUUGCUACAACUUGGACUCAAUUUCGGUGGAUCGCGAUACCCAUGGUCAAGCUACCAAGUUUUAGUGCCCCUGUUGCUCGCAGUUGUGGUGGUCGUACCUGUAUUCUUGUAUAUCGAAACAUUGGUCGCCAUGCCGAUAUUGCCACCAGACUUUUGGAAGAAUAGGAACGUUAUCGGGGUUUUGGGAGCAGCUUUCGGCCAAGGCAUUGCAUUGUACGGAACCAUCUACUAUUGCCCCAUCUUCUUCGAGGUGGUGCAAGGGUCAACCGCCACCAGUUCCGGCCUGAAACUGAUCCCCUUGAUGCUCCCCGUAUCCAUCGUCCAGACCCUUGUUGGAUUCUACAUAUCAUCCACUGGCAUAUACGUACCGAUAAUACGAAUUGGCACUGCAUUGAGCUGUAUAGCUGUAGGUCUGAUUGCUCUCUUUGACUUGAACACGUCAAGUGGAGAACAGAUUGGAAUAUUGCUAUUUAACGGUGUCAGUCUCGGACUGGUUAUCAACACUGUGAUGCUGUGCGGUCAGGCAAAUGUUCCGUAUUCCCAUCUUGGAGCUGUGACAUCGUGUUUCCAGUUCUUUAGAUCAAUUGGAGGAUCCGUAGGAAUCGCAAUCAUGGGUGCGAUUUUGAACAAUAAGCUAAGAUCAAAUAUUAUUGCUUCUGGUUUACCAGAGUCUGUAGUCCAGACAGCUCAGAAUUCAAUUGGUGCGAUUAAAAAUCUACCAGCGGGAGACCAGGGUUUGGUCAUUGCUGCGUACAGUGACGCUCUUAGACUGGUUUGGAUUAUCGCUUGUGCAUUUGCUGGUAUAUCCUUCAUCUUUUCCCUCAUACUAUACCAUGUGCCUCUAAAGACUACCAUGGGUAAGAAGAGUGACAAGGAGCUCACAGAUGCCGUGGAAGAACGAAAGAAGGCACAACAAAACUCUGCUUAA